GCGUCUCCUGGCUGCAGGCCACCAGGCUUCCAGGCAAGGCCGGAGCUUGUUGGCCUCCUGAGGGUGCAAAUCUUGCUCCCUCUCGAACAAGGCCUCCCGCCACCCCAGCCUGGUGUGAACAGUGGGCAUGAGGCUGUCGGCUGCGACAACCCGGGGCUAGGAGGCAAAGAGAAAGAAAGGUGGGUGGGCCUGAGAUGGGGCGAGUGCUGAUGGGGAAUAGGCGCCAGGCGCCCCCACCCCAGCUGACUGUGGACGUGCGGGGCCUGCGGGCUUCCAUGGUGUGCCACGGUUUGGAUAUAAACCCGGCAUGCUUGUUUUGACAACCCUCUUCAUCCUUGAAGAUUGAGGGGGGGAUCCAGGAGGGGGCAGGACCCUGGCCAGACCUGGAGGGAAGAGCGAGGAUUGAAGCAAGGGAAGCCAGGCCAGAGGUCCCUGCAGGAAUGUUCGGGGCGAGCCGAGAGCUGAGACAGAGCCCAGCCCGCUCCCCAUUUCCACCAGGCGGGGAGGGCGGCUGGGCGGGGGUGCGCGCGCAGCCUGCAGUGUGUUCUUGGGGUGGGGCGUGGCCAGGCGCCCUGGGGUCACCUGUGGGGGGCCUGUGUGUCUGCUGCCGGCCAGCAGGGCUUGUGGAGGGGUGUGGCUGUGAGUCCGGGUGUUGAGAGGGAAGGACUGUCUGUCACUUGGCGGGUUGUGGCCGUGUGGAGGGCUGUAACUUGUGUCUGUGUUGCGGGAACAGGGUGUAGUGAUUGUCUUUGUGUUCCAGAGUGUUCUGGAGUGUGGCCAUGUGAGUGCGUCUUGGGGCGUCCCAGGCUCUGGGUGCUCCUGGUCCUAGGGCAGUGGGUGACCAGUGGGUCCCAGGAGUGCCACUCCUGUCUCUCAGGUGUCUGGUGGGUACCUAUUUAGCUUGUCCUGUACCAUAAGGGGUGUCUCGGGUGACAUGGAGUGGGCUGCGGCUGUCUCUGUGGCGAGGACUGCGUAUCUCCCAGGGUGCCGCCGGAUGUGUCUCCCAGCACUGAGGGCUGUGACAGUGGCUUUCUUGGGUGCUGCAUUUUAGGGCAUUGAGAGAAGCGGCUGGUGUUAGAGUUGGUAACUAUGGGCACAUCUGGUGUCGGGGGGUGACACUGUCUCAGCGAGUUCAGAGGUGUGAUGACGGCUGACCCCAAGGCUCCAAGGGACAUGGCUGCCACUGUGCUGGGGACAGGCUGUGAUGGUAGCUGGUUUCAGAGUGUCAAGGAAUAGAAUUGUAUGUCUUCAGGUGUGAGACUCUGGGGUGUGACCCUACUUCUCAGGGCAAGAGGUGCAGCUACCCCUGUCUCUGUGGCACGGGACAUGUGUGUCCCACAUGUUGCUCCCCACAUCCUCAAGCAGGAUGGAGGAGAGGCUCCUGGCCCCAGGCCUCCUGGCUCCCUGGCCCCUUAGCCUCCUCCCGUCCCUUCCCCUCCCCUCCGGGGUGUGCCGCCCGCCCCGCCUGGGCUUUAAGCCCCUGUGUAAAUAGUGGGUGGAUCUCCUGGCCAGGGACCCGGGCUGGUCCACCCGCGGCACUGCCGCCACCACCCACCUGACAUCCACCAUCCACCAAGGCUCUGGCAGGGCAGGGGGGGUGCUGCUGCCCCCCCGCCCCCCGCAGGGCUAGGCCCCCAACUUCGCCACCCGCCCGUGUAGGGGCAGCGGCACCCCUUGCAGCCGCCCAGCCCGCCCCAGGCAAUGCUCACAUUUUCCAGUGUUUAGAUUUUAUCCGCUUUAUUAAUGAGGCAGGCAAGAGGCCUGCGCCUGGGGGGAAGGGGGCUGCUCCAGCCAGCCAAGGGGAGGGAGUCCAGGGGGCCAGGCCAACUCCCCGGAGCCCCCUCCCUGGUGGGGGAGCUGAAGCCCAGGUGGCCCCCGCCCAUUGCCAGGAGUACAGAGAGGGGGUCUGCCACCUCAGGUCCCCUGCAGGCACACACUGGGUGGAGCGGGCCCCUGGAGGCCUGAGCCUGAGCCUGAGCGAGCGAGCGGGCGGGCGGAGGAGGCUGGGAGCCGAGGAGCCGCCCCAGGAGGGAGGGCGGGAGGGCGGGAGGGAGAGGCCUGCUGGAGAGCUCGGGCGCAGCGGGUGUGGGCGCAGCGGGAAGCAGGGGUCCAGCGGCAGGCGAUGGGGACCCCGGGUCCCAGGCAGUGCUGGGUAAGAUGGCUGGGGCGAGGGUCUCCAGUGGGGAGGGAGGGCACAGAAGGAUGGGGCCAUGGCUACCGCAGUCUGUCCUGUGUUCUCUGACUCUCAGCCCCUUCUGUCUGUCCCUGCGGGUCUUACUGUCUGUCCAUCCUCCCUUCCCAUCUGAACCAGCAGGCAGCUCUGCCUUCUUAGCCCUCACCACCAGUGUACCAAGGCUGGGUGUUCCGGGGUCGGCCUUGAGCCUUGAGGCAGGGAUAUGGAGCUGGCCGCAGUGGAACUGUGGGUGUCCAGGAUGAGGCAGCUGAGACCAGGGGUAACGGCCGGGUGAGAGACAGCAAGGGAGCACAGAGAUGGGAGUGUGGGGACAGGAAUGGGACCAUAGGAACAGAGAUAUGGCCGUGGGAACAGAAUGGGACCAUGGAGACAGAGAUGCGUCGACAGGGACAGGGACGGAGCUGUGGAGACAGAGAUGUGGCCAUGGGCAGAGAGUGCAGUGGGGAGAGAUGUGCCCAUGGUGGCAGAGGUGGGGCUGUGAACAUCAAGGAUGGGAUUGGAGUAAAGUGACACAGUGAUGGGCAGAGGUGGGGCAGUGGGGUCAGGUGGGAACCUCGGAUCAGAAAUGGGUCAGUGGGCAUCAGAUGGGGCCAGGGGCCAAGGAUUUGCUGUGGUGUAAACACGGGAGGUGGGUGUCAGAGGUGGGUCUGGGAGGCCCAGAGGUGCGGACAGAGACACGGAGGGCUGGAGCCGGGGAGCCUGGUGGACAGAGAGGCGGGCAGUGAGGGCAGAGUGAGGCAGAGGAGGAGGAGGGAUCAGGAAUGGGGCAGCCAGGGUCAUCUGGAGUUGCUAUGGCAGAGGGUCCGCCGAGGAACGCCAUGGGGUCAAAUGGCGCCGGGCCCGGCCAGCCUCACCUGUCCUGCCCCCCUCUCCGCAGCCCCAGCCCCGGCACCCGACAUGAGCCGGUGCGGGCCCCUCAACCUGAGCCUGGCGGGAGAGGCCACCACGUGUGCGACGCCCGCGGCCCCCAACGCGUCGGCCGGGCAGGCGGCGGGCCUGGCGGGCGCGUCGCCGGCGCUGCCCAUCUUCUCCAUGACGCUGGGCGCCGUGUCCAAUGUGCUGGCGCUGGCGCUGCUGGCGCAGGCCUCGGGCCGCCUGCGGCGCCGCCGCUCGGCCGCCACCUUCCUGCUGUUCGUCGCCAGCCUGAUGGCCACCGACCUGGCGGGCCACGUGAUCCCGGGCGCGCUGGUGCUGCGUCUGUACACGGCGGGCCGCGCGCCGGCGGGCGGCGCCUGCCACUUCCUGGGCGGCUGCAUGGUCUUCUUCGGCCUGUGCCCGCUGCUGCUGGGCUGCGGCAUGGCCGUGGAGCGCUGCGUGGGCGUCACGCGGCCGCUGCUGCACGCGGCGCGCGUCUCGGCGGCGCGCGCGCGCCUGGCGCUGGCGGGGCUGGCGGCCUUGGCCCUGGCCGUGGCGCUGCUGCCGCUGGCGCGCGUGGGCCGCUACGAGCUGCAGUACCCGGGCACGUGGUGCUUCAUCGGCCUGGGCCCGGCGGGCGGCUGGCGCCAGGCGCUGCUCGCCGGCCUCUUCGCCGGCCUCGGCCUGGCCGCGCUGCUCUCCGCGCUCGUGUGCAACACGCUCAGCGGCCUGGCCCUGCUCCGCGCCCGCUGGCGCCGCCGCUCUCGACGGCGCCCCCCGGCCUCCGGCUCAGACGGCCGCCGUCCCUGGGGGGCGCGCGGACCCCGCUCGGCCUCCGCCUCGUCUGCCUCGUCCGUCGCUUCGGCCUCCGGCGGCUCCCCAGGCCGUGGCUCAGCGCGCAGGGCCCGCGCCCACGACGUGGAGAUGGUGGGCCAGCUCGUGGGCAUCAUGGUGGUGUCGUGUAUCUGCUGGAGCCCGCUGCUGGUGCUGGUGGUGCUGGCUGUUGGGGGCUGGGGCGCCAGCUCCCUGCAGCGGCCGCUGUUUUUGGCCGUGCGCCUCGCCUCGUGGAACCAGAUCCUAGACCCCUGGGUGUACAUCCUGCUGCGCCAGGCCGUGCUGCGCCAGCUGCUUCGCCUCCUGCCCCUGAGGGCUGGCGCCAAGGGCGGCCCCGCGGGGCUGGGUCCAACCCGGAGCGCCUGGGAGGCCAGCUCGCUGCGCAGCUCCCGGCACGGUAGUCUCAGCCACUUCUAGCGUGCCCCGAGGCCCAGCGGCUAAGCCAGACCACCCCGGGCCGCGCCCGGGGAGCAGCGCGGAGCCUUCGGGGAGCAAAGCCACUUUGCGACCCAGCCCGGGCGCUGCGUGCCGUCGGGGCUGCAGCGCGCUGUGGCCGCUCGGGGGCGCGGAGACGCCGGGCGCGAAGCCGGAGCGGCGGGAGCAUGCGCGCAGCGCCGCGGCCGCAGCCCGGGGGCGGGGGCUCUGCCCGAGUGGAGCGAGGGGCUUUGGGGGACGAUCCUGCUCCUGGCGUCGCGGGAACCGACGCCAGCAACCUCUCGCGCACGAUGGCUCUGAGCUCCCCCAACACGGCCGCAAGGCCCUGCCCCAAAUUACAUCCCAUCGCAGCCUCGAGACCCCACAUCCCUCAACGCGGUCUCGGACCCCAUCCCAUCGCGGCCCACCGUCACAGUCCCGAGCCCCCCGUCCCCUAAUCCGCCUCAGCUGACCCCCACCAUAACCCCGGGCAGCUCCCUACCACUCCCCUUGCACCCAGCCACCCAUCCGAUCCGCCCCAGCAAGCCUCUGCCUCUGGGCACACCCCCGACUCCCGCCAUCACCGGCCCCCGCCCCGUGCCCCC